CUUUUUUUAAAUUAUUUUUAUUUUAUUAUUGGUUUUCCUAAUACUUUAUGUUCAGUGAAUGCUGAUAUCGAAGUGAUAGUGUUUAAAAAACGGUUUUCAUAGGUUUUUCCUUUAUCUUGAACCGCCCUUUGUCUGAGCAGAAAGGAGAAAUUUAGUAAAGCCAGAAGCAGCCACAGUUAUUAGUAAACCUCCGACCUCUCUGAAGACUCAGUUUACUCAGUAGUGGCUCUAAAUAAUUACAUUGGCGUUAGCGUGGUCCAACAAAACUACAGCACCAUUUUCAAAUUAGAAAGUUUAAUAUUAGUGUUAUGUGUGUGAUUUUUCUAUAAAAUGGCGAAACCAGUUGGCAAAAAUUCACGGAUUAUAUGGAGCAUGGCUAUGAUCACAACCUUGAUCGAUUUAUAUGAAGGUAAUCCCUGCCUUUAUUUAACCACCUCGUUGGAUUACAGAAACAGAAACAGGCGGAAUAAAACCUUAGUAAAUAUUUGCGAAACUUUAAACAAUAGAUACCUGACCAUUACUAAAUUAACUGUAAAGGAUGUUCAAGGCAAAAUUCAUAGCUUGAGGUCCCAAUACCUGUGUGAACUUGGAAAAAUUAAAAAAAGCCAAGUUUCAGGAGCUUCAAAUGACCAGGUUUAUGUGCCAAAAUGGCAGUACUUUGGGGCACUUAGUUUUAUUGAAGGCCGGGGUGGCAAUAUUUUAUCUGAAGGAGACUCCAACAUGAAGGAAAUGGACCUACAAGAAUUAGCACUAAUUGAAACCCAAGAAAGUAAUAUAGAAACGUCAAUAAAAACAGAAACUGACUUGAAUGAAGUCUUUAAUUCUGAGGUGUCCCAAGUCCCUACUGACUUCAGCGAAGAAAUGAUGUCUCCAUCAGGUACUGACAGUGAAAUUUCAAGGCCUACUUCUCGAUCUUCAAUACAUCUGAAAAGGCGAAGAAUUUCUGAAACAACCACCAAAAUAGGAAACACUAGCCUAGCGGAUAAGCUAUUGGAGAAGGCAGAUAAAGUACUAAGAGAAGCGGAAAUAGUUCCUCCUCGGGUUUCUCCAAAUUUGAGCAGCAAAAGAGCAUUUGCCAAGUUCAUUGAAUUGGAAAUGGACAAAAUAGAGGAUGAAGCAAUAAUGGAUGAAUUUCAAAUGGGUGUAAUGAAAUUGUUGCAUGAUGCAAAAAAAGAGAACAGGCGUAGGAUGAGCAUCAGUGAAAACUGAAUUUAUUAAGACUAUUAAGAAUAAAAUAAUGUGUGUAAGUGAUGCUAUGAUACAUUGUGGAAGAUAAGGGGAUUUAUAAUGAUACAUUUAAUAAUAGAUUAUAUUCAUUUGAUUCAUGUUUUUUGUUUCAAAAUUAAUCAAAAAUGAUUUUAUUAUUCAGGGAUCUAAUAUUUACACACUCGGAUAUACAAGAACCCAUUACCCAAGGUUCCCAUUACCAUAUGUAUAUAUGUAUUUUAAUAUUAGGAUAUGGUGACAUGUGGAGAAGUCAACAAGAAACUUGUAAUAUCUUUGCUUCGUUUAUUAAUUUAUGUUCCAACCAAUAUUUCAUCCAUGACUUGUCAUCUUGAUCUACUGUG